AUGGAAGCAUCAAAUCUGCAAAUAUAUUGGCAUGAAUCUCAACCUGUCUAUAGUCUUUGUUUCCAACCAAAUUCACCGAAUAAGAAAAAAUUAUUAACGGCAGGAGGUGAUAAUAAGAUACGUUCAUGGAAUCUAAAUUUAGUAAAAGAUACGAAUAAGAUUGACACCAUUGACUUUCUGUCCUCUUUAACUCAACAUGAACAGGCAAUCAAUGUUGUUAAAUUUAACUCCCCAGGUACGAUACUUGCCUCCGCAGGUGAUGAUGGACAAAUCUUACUUUGGAAACAACAAGAUGUAAACGAACAGAAUGGUGAAACCGCUGCUCCCGUCGAUUCUUCUGUACCCAAACCAUUUGGGAGCACAUUUGAAGACGAUGAAGAAAAUAAUAAGGAAUCAUGGUUCGUGUGGAAAAGAUUACGUGCUCCAGGUUCCAAUUCAUCGGAAAUUUAUGAUUUGGAUUGGUCUCCCUGUGAUCGAUAUGUGGUUAGUGGAUCCAUGGAUAACUCAAUUCGUGUCUUUGACAUUGAAUCAGGGAAAUUGUUGGGCACAUAUGCGGAUCAUAACCAUUAUGUGCAAGGUGUUACCUGGGAUCCAUUGAAUGAAUUUAUUCUCUCUCAAUCAGCAGAUAGAUCGGUAAAUAUAUAUCAAAUAAUAUGGGAUAGCGAUAGCAAUACCAUUGAUAAAUUGAAAUUAAAGAACAGAAUUAUGAAAGGUGAACUUCCACAACGUGACGAUGAGAACGAUAAGACCAAAUUAGACUAUAAGAAUUUGAAAACUUCAUUUCUUUUCCAUAAUGAAUCAUUACCUUCGUUUUUCAGAAGAUUGACCAUAUCACCAUGUGGGAGCAUCUUUUGUAUACCGGCAGGUAUAUUUAAGAAUCAUACCACUUCUAAUUCUAACGACCAGGGAGAAAUCAGUAAUGCAGUAUACAUUUACACGAGAGCCAUAAUAAAACAAAAUAGUAAUAAUAAUCGUCCCGUGAUGAUAUUGCCCUUUUUAAAAAAACCAGCCCUAGUGGUUUCCUUCAAUCCAAAUUUUUAUAAACUAACACAUGAGGAACAGGAGGGGACGAAAAAGCCAUAUUUGAAAUUACCAUACAGACUGAUAUAUGCUGUCGCUACAUCCAAUGAAGUGUUAAUAUACGAUACAGUUAAUGUGAAGCCAAUAUCGAUAAUAGGGAACCUUCAUUAUACAGCACUAACGGAUUUAAGUUGGUCACAAGAUGGGAAUAUGUUAAUGGUAUCAUCUACGGAUGGAUUCUGUUCUUAUAUUACCAUUGAAGAAAAUCUAUUUGGUGAGAAAUUGACGAUAGAAGAAAGAGAACAAUAUAUAAAUGCUAAUAAGCUGAUAAAUUGUCAGGAUUCUAAUAAGAACUCAUCAUCAUCAUCAUCUAUAACGCCUUCAUCAGCAUCAGCAUCACCAAUGCGAAGGAAAACAGAUAUUAUUAACAUUUUACCAGUUAAGAGGAAGAUAAUUGCAGAGACGGAGAAAGGAGACGAUAAGUCUAGGAAACCCAAGAAGGAAAGUAUUACUGUAGUUUCAGAAAAAGGUUCACCAUCGAAGGAAAAAAAGAGAAUUCAACCAACCCUAGUAAAUACUUUGUAA